GCGGGUGUCCCGCUACCAGACAUGAUCCGGCGGCGGGGUGCGGAGCAGGGUAGCGGAGCCGUGCAGGAUGGGCAGCAGCUCCGCGGGUUGUGAGAACUCCAGCAUGUGGGAGGUGAACACGUCCAGCGUGGUGCGGGAGCGGAGCCAGGAGUGCGGGGGCUCGGUGUCGGUGGCGUUCCCGCUGUCUAUGAUGAUCACCGGUCUGGUGGGCAAUGCGCUGGCCAUGUCCCUCAUCUACCGAUCGUACCGGCAGAAGGAAAGUAAGAGGAAGCAUUCGUUCCUCCUUUGUAUCGGCAGCCUGGCGCUCACCGACUUCACCGGACAGCUCCUCACCAGCCCCAUCGUCAUCUCAGUGUACCUGGCCGGCCGCCAGUGGAGCCGGGUGGACCCGUCGGGUCACCUGUGUCAUUUCUUCGGGCUGAGCAUGGCCAUGUUCGGGCUGUGCCCGCUCUUCAUCGCCAGCGCCAUGGCCAUAGAGAGGACCCUUGCCAUCCGCUCCCCGCACUGGUACUCCAGCCACAUGCGGAGCCGGGCCACCGUCACCGUGCUGCUCUCCAUCUGGGGCGCCGGACUGGGCUUCGCCCUACUGCCGCUCAUCGGGCUGGGGAAGUACACGGUGCAGUGGCCGGGCACCUGGUGCUUCAUCAGCACUGACCGGCGGAACCCCGGCAGUGUCGUUUUCGCCGCCACCUUCGCCUCCUUGGGGCUCCUGUCGCUGGCGACCACCUUCACCUGCAACCUGGCGACCAUCAAAGCCCUGGUGAGGCGCUGCAAGAGCCGCAACACCUCGUCCAAGGCCAGCAAGCAGUGGGAGAGGAUCACGAUGGAAACUAUGUUCCAGCUGAUGGGGAUCAUGUGUGUGCUCUUCGCCUGCUGGUCGCCGCUCCUGGUCAUCAUGCUAAAAAUGAUCUUCAAUCAUACCUCAGUUGAAAAUUGCGGGCCACCUUUAGCGUCGCAGAGCCCAGAAGUACAAAAAGACUGUAACUUCUUUUUGACGGCCAUACGCCUGGCCUCCCUCAACCAAAUACUUGACCCUUGGGUUUACCUCUUGCUCCGGCAAAUUCUACUUAGGAAGUUUUGCCAAGUAGCGAACGCCGUGUCAAAUUGCUCCACUGAUGCCCACAAAGAUCAGGCAAUCAUAUUAACUACAGAGGUGAAAAAGCCAGAAGGCUGACACAUAUAUAUGAAGGCCUUGCAUGCUGAAAAGGAAAAAAAUAUUUCAAGGGUAAAUCAACCCCCAAACAGAUUGCAGAUUGAGGUUGGCGGGAUGAAUCGGCCAUUGAGAGCUUUCAUGGAAGAAACUGGGAGCCAAGAGCUUUUCAUUCCAAUCUGGUCCCACACUUGCAGAGAAAGGAACUUCAGAAGUGAGACUUCAACAUCAGAUCCCUCAACUCCACCCAACGGCUGCAGCCCACCCAACAACCUCACCCACCUAGUGCCACCUGUCUUGAUGCUGCACUUCGUUUCCACACCCCACCAGCUCUACUCACCACCAGUGUGGAUCAGUUGCAUUCAGUGCUCGGGGAAAUUUGCAUUUUGCUUCUCAUGUCAGUCUUUGAAGCAUUUUUGAAGGCUGUGGAAUGCCAUGUUUCAAGUUACAAUUGACGUGAUAGAGCAGUGCACAUUGUUGUCUAUUGUUCCUUUCGCAAUGCAUUGCUUUGCUAUUAUACCUAUACAUAUGCAAUUGCGAAUGCAACUCAAACUAAUCUCAGGCUGACUUCAAAUGCAAGCCAUUUUCAAUGUUUGUCUUGCUUCUAACUUGAAUGUGAAGGUGUGCAUUAGCUUACAUUGUGCUAUGUCAUGUGACAGUUUGGGGGCAUUCAGACUGCUUUCAGAAUCGCUAUAUCAGCCAUUUUCAACCAGGGGUCCAUGGAACCCUUGGAUUCCCCCAGAAGUUGCUAGGGGUUCCUUGAGCUUGGGCUGAUUGACCUACCAUCUUAUGGUGCAUGCAUUAUUCUGCGGCCUACACCACUUUACAAAGUGAUAUGCAACCAGUGAUCUUUAGCUGUCUGAAAGAAGGGUAUUCUGAUACCCAAUAUAAAGAGAAUUCUUUCCCAUGUCCACCAAUGUAAGGAACAUUCUUCCCCCUGUCCACCAAUGUAAGGAGCCUACUUCCCAUUGACCACC